GCCGUGGCCGGUGCGGGUGCCGGCCAUGGGGGUGACGGUGGACGUGCAGCAGCUGUACCGUUACCCCUUCGAGCAGGUGGUCUCCAGCUUCCUCCGCAAGUAUCCCAACCCCAUGGAUAAGAACGUUAUCGCUGUCAAAACCGUGGAAGAAAAAACAGAUGGCUCAACCGGCAUCAUCUACAGAAAGAGAAUAGCAAUCUGUCAGAAUGUGGUUCCGGAAAUUUUGCGAAAGGUGAGCAUCUUAAAGGUGCCAGAUAUUCAGCUGGAAGAAGAAUCGUGGCUCAAUAUGCAGGAGAGAAAUAUGGCUAUUAGAAGCCAGUGCUUGACCUGGACACAGUAUGCAUCGAUGAACGAAGAAUCGGUCUUCAGGGAAAGUUUGGAAAAUCCAAAUUGGACAGAGUUUAUCCAGAGAGGCAAGAUAUCGAUCACCGGAGCGGGGUUCCUCAACUGCAUUUUGGAAACAUUUGCCAGCACAUUUCUCAAGAAGGGGGCCCAGAAGGGUAUUAGAAUAAUGGAAGCCCUCCUUCAGGAGCAGUGUGGAGCCCCCAUAAACAAAUAAGGAAUCAUUGGGAGAGAUGGGUUGGCGGCGACAGGGUCUAAAGCACAAUGGAUCUUUACCUUGACACGAUUGCCCCAGAAAGAAGCCAAGUUUACCGACUGCUCAAGCGAUUGAGAUGUAAGACACAGUGUCAAGACAAGAACUUACUGCAGAUAUUUUUAAGCGAGGGAUUCUCUGAGAACCAGGUCACCUACGCUCACCAAAAAGCUCAUGGAAUCAUGGAGACGAGGCCUCUGGGAGUUUUUACCAGCGACCCUGUUUUUACUAUUUUACAAACAAAACCCCAUAGUCUAUCUCCUCUGCCAGAGCAUGGUGCCCUGGAGACCCUGCUCAUUUUUUUCGAGUGGUGCCACGGAAACAUCAAGAGAAAUUUCAGAAUUAUAUUGCUUUCAAGGCAGGGGAUUGAGUGGAUUAGUAAAACCAAGUUAUCCCCCUGCCCAUGGAAGGAACUGUAAAUCAAAGCAGAAGAUGAGACUGUGUGGUUACCUUGGGACCCCAGCCAUGUUGGGAUUUUUUUUUCAGGUGGGUAGGGCAGAGCAAAUCAGAAAAUGGGAUAUAAUUUGACUUCCUGCCUGUAACCGUUAAAUCAGACUCAUUCAGCAGCUGUUCAGGAUUUCUGCCAUUUACAUUUUAAUGUUCUGCCUGUAUCCACGGAUUGACUUUUUCACGACUGAACCACUGCAUCGUUUAGUUAUAUAAACACUGCAUUGUAGUCCCACGGAAAAAUAAAUCCAGCCAAGAAAUAAAUAAAACUAGAGUGAAACUCCCAACCGAACAUUUGGAAGAAAAAGGUAAGAACUUGAAUUCAUCUUCAAGGGACAGCAGAAUUGGACUAGCAGUGAAAAUUCUCUUUGAUUGUCCCUUGUCUUUAAUAUUCAAGCAUAAAAUGUGCGAUGAUGCAUUUAAAAGCACCUGCUGAAUCUUGCGUUGCAGUUUGCCACUGUGAACCUCUAUUCAGCGUAUAUGGGUCCCUUGAUUUUUGUUUCUUAGCACAGCUAGGAAAUGAAGAGAAAUUAUCCCAAGUCUUUUGGUGGGGACAAAAAAAAGAAAUAGUCCACAAUGACCAAAACCAGAGUUUGUUUAGAGGGUUUUGUUUCUGCAUUGUAGUGCGGGGGCUUUUGGAAUAAUAGGCUGUUAUUGACAUAACGUGUAAACGUGUGCGUAUGUGGAGAUGAAAAGAAAAUUCAAGCAGUCACUUGCCACCUUCUCCUCCCCCAGCCAAAGAACCUUAUUUUGGUUAAGCAGCUGUCUCCAAAGAGAUUGAGGGAAUUUUCAAACUAUGCCUUCCCGACUCAUGUAUGCCAAGGGGUGAGGACUGGCUAGCGGGCUUUCAAGGGUUAAAGAUGCUGUAAACGCCACCCACUGAACACCCUCCUCCUCACCCCCACCCCGUAAUCCACUCCCACCCACUACCUUCUGGUUUGCUGUUCUUUGUUCCACCUAGCAUAUCGGGAAUCGUGGAAGACUGGCGCUUCCCGCUCUUCCUUCCGUUCUGGGACGGGGGGAGGGAGAGGCCUUCAACUGUACCCCCCAAUCUGGAAAUGGAGAAUCUUUGGCCCCGAAAGAAGGUCUCAGGAGCUUUACCGAAUGGCCCCUGUCGAGUCAGCGAAGGCUCCGAGGAGAGGGAAUUCAGAAUCCUCUCCCCUGGGACACCCCGUCUCGUGAAGCCGCAGAGGGAAACAGCACCGUGGUCCCGAGCGGGCGGCUUUGGGAAUGUUGGGAAGCUCAACAGCUGGACUUUUUUGGUGCUAGGACUUGAAUGAAUUCCCCCGGUGUGUGGUUAAAGAUGAGCUAAGAAAUCUUGAAUCUUUAGAAAUCUCCUCAGGUUCCUGUCCUCUUAUUUGAGGAUUUCUCCUGUAGACUGUAAACUGCAUCCACCAGACCACUCCCUUCCUCAGCAGUUGCCAUGCUUUCCCCCUAGACAGGCGGACAUUUGUUAUAACCGCCUCCUCUUUGCUUUCUUCCUGCACCGAUAGCUACGUAUUCAAAUCUAUUUUAAAAUCGUGUGUUUUUAUUGAAUCAGUAUUUUCUCCCUUAUCGUAGUUAAAUGUAGCUAUUAUUGCUUUUCCUAGGCAAAAAAACAAUCAGAAACCUCUGAUUGGGUAAACAAUAUAUAUAGAGUGCCUUUUCACAUUUUCAGUAUAUUAAAAAUAUCCAUGUGUUGAAGAGAUGGAGGGGUUGGAUUUCAUUUAUUUUGAAGUUGGACUGGUUUAUACCAUUGAGGGGUAAACCUUCAUGUGGGGUGAAUUGAACAUUUUUACCAGUAUGUUCAGACAAUACGUAUUUCUCAUUGUUUAUGCAAGGUUUUAUAAUCAGUUCAGUGCUGGUCAAGUCAGCUGCUAUCAGAAUAUAAUGGAAAACCCUAAUUGUGAAAUGGAAUGAUUUAAAAUUCUCUUAUACAAUUUUGUGUUUCACGCUGAUGUUUUAGGUACUCAGUCACACGUCGAUGACAGGUGCUUUAUCAUAUAAACUCUUUAGUAUGUUUUAUAUCAAUUAGUUCAUUAAAUCUGUUGAACAGUUGUUUUUAUAAUGUGGUUUUAACCAAGUGUUUUAUAAUUGCAAGGUUUUAUAAUGUGAAAUUCUGACGUGGUGUAAUUCACCCGAAAAUGUGGCCUUCCAGACUAUUAUGCACAUUGUGAAGUACGUCUGAAGAGGUAUUUUCGAUUUAGUGUGAAAACAGUGAAGAUAAUUUGGGGAAACUGAUGAGCUUGUUGCUCUCCGGACCCUGAAUAUGUCACCCCUGAUUCUGCAGUGGCCAUGAAAUAAAGGUGCUUAGUGGCUGUUUGUGA